CGGGUGGGGUGCGCGCGGGCCCGGAGCGGCGCGUCAGUCACCGCUGCGCGCCAGUGAGGACGAGCCCGCCGCCCUGCGGACCGAUUCCCUGACCCGGAAGGCGGCGCCAAAGGCCCCGGGGGACCCCGCGCGUGGGGCCCGGGGCGGCGGGGAGGCGGCCUGGACCCCGCGCAGCCCUCGGCGUAGCAGCGGCGAGCGCAACGCUUGGUCGGCUCAGCAUGGGGAACCACGCAGGGAAGCGAGAGGCCAGCGCCGAGAAGGGCCACAAGGACGGCGAAGCUGAAAGGAAGAGGACGCCCCGGGGACUGUCCCGGGAGACCUCGGGCGACAGCGACGUGUUCGGAGAGGCAGAUGUGGCCCCGGACAAUGGCAGCCCCUCUCAGGGCCCAGCGGUGACAGACUCCAAGCGCACAGUGCACCCGAAGAAUGCCUGGCCGGACGCCAGCCCAGCUGACCCCGGGGGCCGCCCCCACUUGGUCCGCCUCUUCUCCCGAGACGCCCCGGGGCGGGAGGACAACACCUUCAAAGACAGGCCCUCGGAGUCCGAGGAGCUGCAGACCAUCCAGGAGGACAGCGCGGUGGCCGGGGCCCCGGACGUGAUGGCGGCCCAGAAGAGACCCUCCCAGAGGCACGGGGCCAAGCACCUGGCCUCCACCGGCCCCAUGGACCACGCCCGGCAGGUCUUCCUGCCGCGGCCCCGGGACACGGGCAUCCUCGACUCCCUGGGGCGCUUCUUUGGAGGUGACAGGGGUGCGCCCAAGCGGGGCUCGGGCAAGGUUCCCUGGCUGACGCAGGGCAGGAGCCCUCUGCCCGCUCAUGCCCGCGGCCGGCCCGGGCUGUGCAACAUGUACAAGGACGCGCACCACGCGGCCAGAACCACCCACUACGGCUCCCUGCCCCCGAGGGCGCAGCACGGCCGGGCCCAGGAUGAGAACCCCGUAGUCCACUUCUUCAAAAACAUCGUGACGCCCCGCACACCCCCGCCGUCGCAAGGGAAGGGGCGAGGACUGUCCCUCAGCAGAUUCAGCUGGGGCACCGAGGGGCAGAAGCCCGGCUUCGGCUACGGCGGCCGAGCUUCCGACUACAAAUCGGCUCACAAGGGCCUCAAGGGCCAGGAUGUCCAGGGCACGCUUUCCAGAAUCUUCAAACUGGGGGGGAGAGACAGUCGCUCCGGGUCGCCCAUGGCUAGACGCUGAAGCCUGGCUCCUGCUCCCGCACCCUGCCCUCGGCUUCCUAACACUGCGCCCCGAGAUGCUAACCCGGCCCCCGCCCAGCCCCGCCUUCCAGAAACGACCUCCGGCCCCCUGCCUUGGACGCAUGCGCACAGCGGGGCCCGGCGCACCGGAGGGUCAGGCCCGCCGCACCCCGCCGGCGCGCUCCGGCCCGCAGCUCCACGGGGGAGCGCACGCACGGAACACGCCGGCACUCCGUGCUUCGCAUCUGAAGACAGCGUCUCGGAGCUUCACUCCACGGCGGCGGGCCGGGCGCCCCGGAGACCCGGCGCCCAGGGGCGGGCCGCCGCCCGCUGACCCUCCACCCUUGGCCUUGCUGCACAGGCUGACCUUUCCCCGGCUUCCGGCACUGCCGUGCGAUGCUGCUGUGGACACAGGACACGCGUGGGUGGUGGGGCUGGUGCCCGCGCUCCCUUCGGUUUCCUUCCCUGCCCCGUCUCACCCCCGAAGGCCCCUUCCCUUUGCUAACAGGACGAGGCAGCGAGUGGCCUCACCCCGCGGGAGCUUCUGUAUGUGCAACGCAGGUGGGCAGCUUGGAGGAGAGCAGGGGGUGGCGCCGAGGGCCCGGCGGGCCGCCCCCCCGCCGGGCGGCUGGCCUCGCGCGCGACGGAGAGCGGACGGCGGCAGGGGGGCUGGGCCGUGGCCUGGAGCAGGGAGCAGGCGAGGACACAGCGGGGACCAGAGCGGCCCCUAGGAACCGUCACCGGAGCCCGGCCGAGAGCUCGGGGAGACCUGCACAGAGAGAGUGGACUGGAGGAGAUUUCGGGGUGCCACGCAGAGCCGCCCCGGUCACUGGGAAGCGGACCGUGACCGGGGGCACGUGCAGCACGGCAGUGCGCGCUGCAAACACUAACCGCCCUCCCGGGGGGGUCGCCCUCCUCGGCUUUCCUCCUGGGGUGGGCCGGCCAGGCUUCCGUAGGGCUGCCCGCCCCUCUCCCCCAUCCCGAUCCCGCCCCCGACUCUGUCCUGAUGCUGAUCCUGCCCCCGCCCCCGGCCCGGGCCCCCCCAGCCCGAGGCUGGAGACGCCGACCCCGAAGGGCCCUCUAACGAGCCGACCCCCGGCCCUCCCUAACACACUGACUGCGUUUUGAGUUGUAGCGCCUCUCCUCAGCCCCCGCCCGCCCCCCCCAGAGUGAGCAGGGGGCGUGGCCCCCGUAGGCCCCCUAACCCCGUCUAACCCCGACUGUCGAGUGUGGGUUUGUGUAACGUCCACUAACACACAGCCUCGGUGACGAGUGGGCGCCCAGACAGAACCGCCUUUGGGGCGCCACCCCCCCCUCACUCCCCCAGCGUGGCCCGCGUCUGAGCUGCUGCCGGCGGGGGGGCCACGCAGACGACACCCCAACAGCAGCCACGGCUGCCACGGGACGUGCAUGCCGUUCUCGGACAGUGACGUGAAUAAACUUUUAAUGGUG